AUGUCCCCUUUCAAACCACAAUCUCAGUUGCCAGCCCCUGUCCCUAAACUCAAUGACAAUCUUGAUGUUAAAAAGGUCAUGCAUGGCCUAAGAAGCCUUAAUCUUAAUAAUGGUGAUGUUGUUCCUAUGGAGAUUGAUAAGAACUUGAGUGUUGACAUUGGAGUAAAUGUUAAUCCUCCUUACAUGAACACUAUUGGACUUCCUCCUGGUGGAUGUGCCGCUAUUAGGUUCACCGCUGACAAUACAUGGGUUUGGUUCAUGUAUUGCCACUUGGAGAUGCAUUCAUCAUGGGGGUUGGCAGUGGUGUUUAUUCUGAGAAAUGGCAAAGGACCACAUCAGACUUUACCCCAUCCUCCAGCAGACCUGCCUACAUGCUAA